AAUUAGAAAGUGAAAGUAAAUGAUGUGAAAAUACCAGCGCGUUUAUUCUCUGAGAUUGGUUUUAAUCUUUCAGAUAUUACUGUAUUACAGUAUUUAAUGUGUUACGGCUGAGUUCAUCCACAUUAAACAGGAUAUUUGAAUUGAUGGGGGACAUCUCUUUGUCUGCAGUAUGAUAUCGGUUAUAAUUGUCGGGUUUCUGCUGAUUCUCCUCAUAGAAGCUUCUGUGUCGUUGGUUGUUGUGGUACCUGAAGAUGAGAUAGCGGGUCAGGUGGGAUCUACAGUCACUCUCCCCUGCUGGAUCUCUCCUCCUCAGAAUGCUGAAGGUCUGGAGAUUCGCUGGUAUCGUCCAGAACACUUCAACACUCCUGUUCUCUUCUAUCGUGAUGGGAAGAUCCAGGACAUCCAGGAGGAACAUUACAGGAACCGGAGUUCUCUGGGCCCGCGCUCAGCACAGUCUGGAGGACUGAAGGAUGGAGAUGUUUCUCUGCGGCUGGACAAACUUACAGCUCAGGAUGAAGGUGUUUUUCACUGUUAUGUGAGCGGAGAAAAGUCAUACGACAGCCAAAUUGUAUCUCUCCACGUUACUGCAUUAGGAUCCACUCCUGUCCUGAUUCCAAAGCCUGUAUCUGAAGAUAAGGUGAACAUGAGCUGUAGAUCCAGUGGCUGGUUUCCAGAGCCAAACGUCAGGUGGAUGUCAGAUGACAGAAGACUUCUCUCUCCUGGACAAGUGUCUGUCAGUCAUGCAGCAGAUGGGAUGUUCUCUGUCCAGAGCUGGACGAUCGUCUCUCCCUCUGAUACUCAACUCAUCUCCUGUUUACUGGCACUCAACACUGGACAACACAGAGAAGGACGGAUUGACAUCACUGACAUCAUCUCUUUAGAGGUCACAUCCGGUCCAUGGAAGGCACUUUUUAUCAUCUUUCUCAUUUGUGCUCUGUUGGGUUUGGCUGCUUUUAUCGUAUACAAAUACAGAGAGAAAUUAACAGUGAAGAAGCCAUCUGAACAACUUUGUGAGGAUGGAGCUAUGGGGAAUAUGAGAGAAGAAAAUGUUGUGUUGAAAAUCAAUAUGGAAGAACUGAGAAAAGAUGCAGUUAAUAUCACUCUCGACCGUGAGACAGCUCAUCCAGGUCUGACGAUUAAUAAAGAUCUCAAAAUAGUGAGAGAUGCUUCAGGAUAUGUGCAGAAGAACGAGGGAUUUCCAUAUGAAUUAUGUGUAUGUGGAGCACAAAAAUUCAGUUCUGGUCGUCAUUAUUGGGAGGUUGAGUUGGUACAAAACAAUGUUUCUCCCAAAGAUUACUGGUUAAUUGGUGUGCAGAAAGAUGGUAAUUUUUCAGACAAAAGUCGUUUAACUCCAUCAGAUGGUUUCUGGUUCUUGUGUUCAGAUGGUGCAAAUGGUUUUCACACUAACACUGAUCCACAGAUAACUCUGUCACUGUCCUCCAGACCUGAGCGAUUGGGUGUUCUGUUAGAUUAUGACAACGCUCGACUGUCUUUUUACAACGCUAAACACUGUCAACAUCUCCUGACCAUCAACACCAAAUUCUCUGGAGUACUUGUUCCUCUAUUUAAUCCAGGUGUAGGAGAUAAGAACAGUCUUAAAAUACUGGAUGUUUCAGUCGAAUCACCUGAUUCUAGUCAGCCAUUACUGGGUAAUUACUCAGAAGCUUAACUGAAUCCACUCACU